AUGUCCAAAGAAUUAGUCUCAGCAUCGCGACUAAAGCCGGAGCUGCGCCUAGCACAAGCCGUCUCCUUAUUCGAAGCUGACCUUCCCAACGACCAAAAGCUUACUUUUCGCACGGAGAAGUCCCAGCUAGUCGGUACUCCUCCAAGCAUACAGGAUGUACUACGUCUUACUGCCCAAAUUGAUGAGCAGGUAUCUGUAUCGAAGCGACGCUGUUUCGGGACUAGGAUAAUCAAUGUCCUCGAGUCCGUACAGCAGUUUGCUGCGCUUGGAGAUAUCGUUGUUGGCGGAUCUCAGAAUUUGAUCGCUUGUGGUGUCUGGACGGUGGUUAGGACGUCUUUGGUGUUAGUCGCGAAUUAUUCCUCAUACCUUGAGAGGCUAUCGACACUAUUCAUGAUUGCAGGUCGUUCCGCACCGCGAUAUGAGAAGAUGGCAUUGCUUUACCCUCGUUCAAAAUCUCUUCAAUCUUAUCUAUGCGACUAUUUCAUCGUGCUUGUUCAGUUAUGUCACAAGGUACUGAAGUUCACUCAAAAGUCAGCUUUGGGCCAGUUCAAAACAACACUCAAUGAAACCGACCUCAAGUAUUUCCAGGUCAAUCUUGAAAAUUGCGCUUCUCAGAUUAAGGGAGAGGUCACACUACUAAUGGCCGAGAAGAUCAACGAUGAGGCUCUCAAAGCAUCUGAAUUUCAGAACGCGUUGUGGAAGAAAAUGUCCAAAUCUGACAACUCCCAUCAGAUAAAAAUAAAUGCCCGCAUACAGGUACUCAGUUUCUGUUCAAAGUUCGAUCACACUGUUAUCUGGAAACAGACUCGAAAAUCAGGGACUACGAGACUCUUUAAUCAAACCCCAGUAUACGAAAAAUGGAAAGGUUGGGCUCUCUCUUUCCUAUCCCGCACACUGGUUUAUACCGGUAAACUAGGGUCUGGAAAAUCAGUCAUGUUAGCCAAUAUAGUCGACGACCUACAUCUCCACGCAAACGAAGCCGUGGUAUAUUUCUUCUGUCGGCACGAUGUCCCUGCAAGCCUUCAGGCUCGAACAAUUAUAGGAUCUCUUGCUCGUCAGAUACUCAGCCUACUUGAAGAUUUGACGGGCGUGGCAAAGAUUCUGAGUCAACGUACAGACGAGCUCAAUGAAUUUGACAAAAUUGAAGCCAUGCUGCAAUUUUCCUUUCCAUCCGAUUCUUUGAGGCUAUACAUCGUGCUUGAUGGACUCGACGACUGUGAUGAUGCUGUACGAAUCCAAACCAUGACGGAGAUCAGUAAACUGCAGCGGAGAUUUCAUAUACGUCUAUGCGUAUCUUUCCGAUCAGAUCCAGCCAGCUAUGGAGCCACGAUUGAGGAUAAGCAUUUCGUUUCUCCAUGUGUGACAUCAAUACCUGAUAACAGCGACGAGAUACGAGACUUUAUUCUAGAAGAGCUAGAAGAUUGUCUUGAGUCACAGAGAUUAAUGAUCGGGGAUCCAACUCUGAUACUUGAAAUUCGAGAUGCACUAUUUAGCGGGUCUGAAGGAAUGUAUCUUUGGGUUGUGCUGCAGAUUGAAACUCUCUGUUCUAUGAGAUCGGACUACGAGAUUCGGCAAGCACUACUGAAUCUUCCUAAAAGUCUCACUGAAACCUUUUGUCGAAUUUUACAACAACUUCAAUGGUGUGAUCAACAACAAGGUCAAAUCAUGAAGCUGAUUCUCGCUGCUCGGCGCCCACUGACAAUAUACGAGAUUCAAGAGGCAUUGAGCGUAGUGCCAGGUGAAGCGGAAUGGGAUCCAUCAAGACAUUUGAAUAACAUUCAUUCUUCACUGGCAACCUGCGGCUGUCUCAUCCACAUCGACGAGGAGGAAAUGACUGCGCGACUGGUUCAUCCGAGUCUAAAACAGUUCCUUGCAGAGGGUAUCCCCGCAAACAUGGGCAUUAUCAAGCUCACAGCUGAAGCUGCUCACCAAUACAUAGCAGAGAUAAUCAUCACUUAUCUCAGUUACAAUGUCUUUGAUAGACAGGUAUCCCGAUGUAAAGCUACUCAUGUCAGCGCUGGCUCUGCCCCAUCCAACAUCAUCAACUCCACAUUCUCGUCUUCAAGCUCAAUCCGGACCCUCGCUGUCAAACUCCUACGGUCAAAGACAGAGUCGGAUUUCGAUCUAGGGAAAGUCCUAGGCCAAGUCCAGCGCUCGCCUCAACAAAAUACACAUGAUGAUUUCUGCUUCCAUGCAUAUGCAAAAUCUCACUGGCACAUCCAUAUGAUCUACAUGAGCUCGCCUCCAAAGAAAAUCGAUCGUCUCCUUUUUACGCUCGCGCAAUCAGAUCACGCAGUCCUCAACUCAGUCGAUGAAACCGGGCGAACGCCACUUAUGCGCGCCAUUUAUCUCAAAAAUACAUACCUUGUUGAGCUGUUGACAUCCAUUCCAGAGGUGGAUCUCAACAUCAAGUCCUUCUCCGGAUCCUGCGCAGUACACAUCGCGCUCUUCCAAAGAGACAAUGCGAUAAUAGCACGCAUGCUUCACACUGCCGAUCCCAAUACGAGAAACCAGCAUAACGAGACACCGCUCCUUCUUGCCACUACCUGGGGUGACUUUGACCUCUUUCGACUAGUAUUUGACAUACCAGGCAUCGACGUCGCCGCACAGAACAAACAUGGUGAAGCAGCGCUGCAUAUCGCCGUACGACAGCAACGCUGCGAAAUAGUGGCUUGUCUUCUGGGGUAUCCAAAGAUAAACGUGAAUAUUCCGGACAACGAGGGAGAUACACCGCUACAUAUUGCAGUGCGGAAUGAAGAUUGCGACAUUGUCAGAGAUCUCCUUGGUUGUGAGAACGUACAGCUGAAAUUGGAGAAUAAGAAGGGUCAGACUGCACUGUGGAUGUCUCUUGAGACUCAGAAUAAGGUGAUUGGAAAUGAGUUUUUGAGGUGUUGGCAAAGGCUUGAGGACAAUAAGGGGGAUACUGAACAUUUAGGCUCUUUGCCGGAACUUGAAUUGGCUGGUAUGCCCGAUCUUUCUCUUGAAACCGCUUGA